AUGAGCCCGACCGACUCGGAUAUCGAAGUCAUGGCGGACUUCAAGAUGGUUCCUGACACUCCUUUUUGGGAGAUGCCAGGCUUCCUGUUUGAUGCCGAGACUGUUGAAGAGAUCCAAGAACAUAAGAAAAAGAUCUGGAAGGCCUUGAUAUGCCCUGACUACACCAGUGUGCCGAAGGGAUCUCGGAAUCGCGCCAACCCCGAGGAAAUCACCAAAACCAGAGUGCAAAACAAUAUCGCCUUGCUCUUUCGGGCUCUUUUGUUCUUUUCUGAUCACCAUCCCUCGCCCUCAUACUGGAAAGACCUGUCCCCAGACACCUUCUCAGGAUGUGGAGAGACGACUAUCAAGCUGCUGGAAGGGAUCUUUGUCCACGCGCGCAGGGCUUACGCCGAUUCGAAAGGGCGCCGGAGACGAUGCAAUGUCGCCAUGUAUGCUGAUAAGUACAUCAGCUUCCUCGACUCGGCUGGAGGGGACGUUUCCACAUCAGAUCUCUCCAAGGUUGAGCUUCGCGAUAGUUGGGCCGAGCUCAAAAAGAAGGGCGCGCUCUUCAAUUUAGCUCAGCACAGGCCGAAUGAUGUCGAAGACGACAGCACAGACGAGGAGCCACUCACAUUGCCUGGGGAGAGCCUCGAGCAGCACAAGUCUAAAAAGCGCAAGAAGACUACAUCGGGGCCAGUGACGCCUCGAAAGUCGACACGACGUUCAUCGGUGUCUGGGCCUUCCAAACCGUCGGCAGACCCUUCAAAAACAUCGACCGGCCCUUCAAGAACAGGCCCUUCAACAUCGUCGACCCGCCCUUCGAUCCGCUCAGUCAGGAUCGUCUCCCCAUCAUCGUCACCGCCAACACUGCGAUUCGACUCCUCUGUGGGGCUGAGUUCAGAAAUAUCCACGGCCGAGACCGUCAGUUCCCCAAUCCUUGGCUUAGCGCUGGCCAGUAAUGGGCAUGCCCAGCGCGAGCCGCUCAAAAAGGUCCACCAGCGUAUGAGGGUCAUCGACAUCACAAUUGGUGAACAUUCAGACAUCCUCGCAUUCCACACGAACGCGAUCGAGAGCCUGAGGGCAGAUAUUGGCCUUCACAAAGGAGGCAAAGCCGCUGGACUUGUGUCCACUGUGGCGGAGGCGGUUGCCGGGGUCUUGGAGAAAAAGAAGCAGUCGUACAUCACACAUGUGGCAGCCGCUAAAGUAAAUGCUGCCAAAGGGCCCUUGGAAGAAAAGCUUGCCACUCUUGACUCCAAGAUUCUGGACUAUGUCGGGCAGGUCGCCGUGGCCGAGUCCAAGCGCAGCGACAUGGAAACAAAGCUCGACAGGGUCAGCAAGAAACUGGAGCUGAUGGGCAGUACCUCCGGGCAUGAGAAGCUCCAGAAGAAGGUGAAGCGGUACCGCGAUAAUCAUAAGAGCCUCGCGCGAGAUGUGACCUCCCGGCUGUUGAAGUUGGAGCGAAAUGUCGACAGAUCAGGACCCGCCGGUGCUGCGGAAGAGUCCGAGGAGGACGAGGAUCGCCAGAAUCACGCUCGGUCUAACGACUCCCGCUUCGCCAUGUUAGAGAAGCAGAUUGCAGACCUGAAGCAGGUCAACGUUAGUCUAACUAAGAGGGUCGCUGACCUCGAGAAGGGCAACGAAGCUGGACAGCGCAGGGACAACUACUACAGCAGGGACAACUACGACAACAGGGACAGCCAUCAGAGGAGGGACAGUUACAACACGAGCAUGGUAGGGUUGAACCGUGGAUCGAGGCCCAAUGGCCAGAUGAACAACGGCCAGGGCAUCAGGCGUUCGACAUCGACUUUCCCAAGCAGCACCGACAGGCCACAGCUACAGCAGAUACCCGAUGCGCGCCGACAAACCGCAAACAUGAGAUGGACGAACGCUUCUGCUGCGGCAGCGCUGCUGCUGUGCGCAGUGACGGGUGCCAGUGCGCAGUCCGGAAACAAGCUGCAGGUCAAUCUUGAUUCUCAAGAUUCCAUCAAGAGAGCCGCCAAAGUCGUUGCUGCCAACCUCUGGGAGUACUACCGCGGUGACGAGCCAGGCCAGACACCGGGCAUUCUGCCAGGCCCGCCACCGGCCGGCGACUAUUACUGGUGGCAGGCCGGCGCAAUGUUCGGCACCUUGAUCGACUACUGGCACUACACAGGCGAUAGCACAUACAACAACGAGACCGUCCGAUCCAUCGUCCACCAAGCUGGCGCUCCUACCUUUGCCUUUAUGCACCCCAACUGGACCGCCUCUCUCGGCAACGAUGAUCAAGGUUUCUGGGGCAUGACGGCUAUGCUGGCCGCCGAGGUCAACUUCCCCAACCCGGCGCCCACUGACCCGCAGUAUCUCGCGCUCGCCCAAGCCACCUUCAACACUCAAGCCGCCAGGUGGGAGAACCAGGACUGCGCCGGUGGUCUCCGCUGGCAGGUUCCCCAUACCAACAACGGCUACGAUUACAAGAAUACUAUUGCCAACGUUGUCUUCCUCAACAUCGCCGCUCGUCUCGCGCGGUACACAAACAAUGAAACAUAUGCCGAGUGGGCCGAGCGGACAUGGGAUUGGACCGAGGGCGUUGGGUACAUCACGGAGGAUUACGAUGUGUACGAUGGUGCCAACACUCCGCAAAACUGCACCAACCUCAACAAGGUGCAAUGGUCGCCCAAUGCUGCUGUCUUACUCCACGGCGCCGCCAUCAUGUACAACUAUACUACCGGCGACAGGCAGGCCCAGUGGAAGACCCGCGUCGCCGGUCUCCUCAACCGAACCGUCGACCACUUCUUCCCCGAAGGCAUCAUGGUCGAACGCCCCUGCGAGCUCAAGGACCGAGUCCAGUGCAAUGUCGAUCAGCACUCUUUCAAGGGGUACAUGCACCGCGCUCUGGCCUCGACCGCCAUCGUGGCCCCUUUCACCCGGGAUUCGAUCCUCGAGGUCCUCAGGUCAUCAACAAAGGGCGCGGUGGAAUCGUGUCUGGCGGACGGAACCUGCGGCUUUCGCUGGGAUAGGGGGGAGUACGAUGGCGAUGUGUCCAAUGGACCGGCGGGUCAGCAGAUGAGCGCUUUGGCGGCGCUGUCUACGCUGCUGUUGGAUAAUAGUGAUGGUCCGUUGACGAACUCGACGGGUGGUACGUCGGUGGGUGACCCGAAUGCUGGGUCUAGCGCUUUUGAGCUGGAUCCCAUGAGGCAGAUCACGGCGGGGGAUAAGGCGGGGGCGGCGAUAGUGACGAUUGUGGUAGUGGGAUCGUUUGUGGGGAGUUUGGUGUGGAUGAGUGGGGGUUUGUUUGAGGUUUCUUGAUUUUUUUGGGUCUUUUUCUUUGGGGGUAUAUGUUUUAUCGUGGGGAUUUUUUAUUCUGGGUAGGGCAUUUGGUUUUUUGUUUUCUUCUUUUUUUUCUUGUUUCUUCUGUUUCUUUUUUUCUUAUUUUUUAUUUUUUUGUUUUUUUUGUGAUUGGUUGCAAAGUACUUGGUCGUCUGGCAUAUAGCGCGUACAUUUGAUCAUAUAGGUAGCAUCAUGGGCCCCUGGGAUGGUUAGGGGGUGAGUCAAAAUGUUUGUAUACAUACCAUUCGUUAAUAUUGAUGCUAAAUGAUGGGAGAGCCCCUUGUGUGAGAGUUGAUACAAGUGCGCUGUUGCCCCUUUGAUAUGGAACUUGUUGCCUCUCGGUGUUGAA